AGCUGAUGGCACCACCGUGUAAAGUAGCUUAGUGAGAUGACAGCGGGCAACAUGGCUCUUCACUGGCCUCCACUCAUCAGAAAUGACUUAUUUUAUGGACGAGUGAACGCCUUAUCAUCAAUGACUAGCUGCUAGCUUCUGUUAAACGUUAAGGCUUGUUUGUUCGACAGGGCGUCUAUAUAUUGGCUCGUUAAAUCACUGGUGAUGGUCUUCAGUCCUGUAUGAUGUAACUACAUGAUACGCUGCAAUGGAAGACAGCGAUGGGGAAGACUCUGUAGAAACACUUGAGCUGCCUCUGGAGAUCAUAGUGUACAUCCUGACCUUCCUUCACACCUCAGACAGAAAGGAAGCCUCACUCGUCUGCCGCAGCUGGUACCAUGCUAGCCAGGACCUUCGCUUUCAGAGGAAUGUCACAUAUAGCUUCCCGGCUUCAGCCUGGUCUCUGGAGCUGGUCAGAGGUCUGGGCAGAAAGUCUCGCUGCAGUCUGAUUAUCAGUCAGCUGGAUGGAUUCAGCAUGUCCAGAUCUCUGCUACUGGAGGUGGGUCUGUGUGUGGGCUCUAAGCUGGAGAGCUUGGCCCUGCCUGGUAGCAGUAUAACAGAGGCUUCUCUGCUGGCCCUCCUCCCUCGCCUCACGUCACUCCGCAAGCUGGACCUCAGAGGUCUGGACAGCCUCUUCAUGUCCGGAGCUUUCCUCUCCAGAGAGGAGCACAGACAGCAGGUCAGUUCAGCUUUGUCUGGUCUGGAGGAGCUGGACCUGUCUGACCUGCGCUACCUCUCUGACCUCACCUUCAACCGGCUCACCGGCUGCACCCCGCGCCUCAAACGUCUCUCGCUGGCAGGUUGCCACAUCGCUUUCGAGUUUGACCCGUACCGAGGGUGCCCGGUGGGUGCCGUGGAGGACUCGUCUGCUUUACUGUCACUUAGGAAUUUGCGGAAGCUGUUAACGGAGCAGAAAUCCACCCUGGUUGCUCUGGACCUCAGCAGAACCUCUAUCACCCCUGAGUCACUACGCACUAUUGUCCAGGUUCAGGGUUUGGUCUUAGAGGAACUGUGUCUGCACGGCUGUAAGGAGCUGACUGACUACUCAGUGGAGGUUCUGGUGAAGCACCAGCCGUGCCUCCAGAGACUGGACAUCAGUGCCUGUACUGAGCUAACAGCCAGGGCUGUAGUGGCCAUAGCACAAGGCCUGAAGUCACUGACGCACCUCUCUUUGUCUCGUGACUGGAGGAUCACUGAAAAAGGCCUCGCUGACUUAAUGUCUGUGUCUUCCUUGAGGAGUCUGGAUCUGUCCGAGUGUCUGCACGUCAGCGGAGCAGAGAUAGUGAAAGGCUUGACGGGAUCCAACACCGCCAAAGCCCGGCUGGAGACGCUCAACCUCAAAAACUGCACUUACAUCAGGGACGCUGCCGUGUUCUCUCUCACCAAGCUUCUCGGGAAUACUCUCCGUGAGCUGGACCUGACCUUGUGCGUCAAUGUGACUGAUGUGUCUGUCCGUGCUAUCACCACCUACCUGCAGGGGCUGGUAGUUCUGCGACUGGGCUGGUGUAAAGAAGUCACAGACUGGGGUCUGCUGGGGAUGGUGGAAACGACCAAGUGUGAACCUGAUGAGAGGGGAGACAAGGGUCCCAGGUUCACCCGGACCUUUGGCAACAUGGGCUUCUUCAAGCCUCCUCGUUUGCCUUUUGAGGAUCGGCCCAAGCUGGUGACUCAGGAUGACCUGGAGCAAUUUAAACAGCAGGCGGGAGCUUCACUGUUAGCCCUCAACAGGCUGCAGGAGCUGGACCUCACUGCCUGCUGCAAACUCACUGACAGCAGCAUCGUACAGGUGGUGCGCUACCCAGACCUCCAACGCCUGUCUCUCUCCAUGCUGCCAGAGAUCACUGAUGCCAGCUUGUUGUCGAUAGCCUGGCACUGCCGCAGCCUCACCAGUCUGGCACUCAGCCACUGCCCACAAAUCAGCGACCACGGAGUGGCACAGGCUGCGCCGUACCUUCACAGACUGCAGCAUCUCUACCUCUCCUGUUGUAACAACAUCACUGACAGAUCCCUGCUCCUCCUGGUUCAACACUGUAAGCGGCUGAGAACACUCGACAUCUCAAAGUGCAAAAACAUCUCUGUUACAACCGUGGACCUCCUUCAGUCACAGCUACCCUUUUUAGAAAAUGUCCACUACAAAUACAUAGGUGGGAUGGAUCUUACUCUUACACUCUGACUGACUGACUGAAUAUCCUUGAUGACUGCUGGACCAAAGCCCAAGCUGUGAGUCAGGCCUUUGCACAUUUCAGCAAUUUGCCCAAGAAUUGAAUGAAAUGUAGAAAAGCUGUCGGUAUACACUGUAAGAAUCACCUCUUCUGUGUUGGGUUAUACUACAAACUCUUGGAUGAGCCUGAUUUGGAUUAACAUCUGCAUGCAUCUGUACAUUUUCAUCCUAUUGUUGUCCGACGGUAGAAUCAGAAACGUGUUCACUGUUGGAUUCAAACAAUCAGACGCAAGAGGAAUCUAACUAUCUUCAAAGAUCAUUAACUGUUGAGACAAGGAGAAAAAGUUUGGACUAAUUAAGUUGGGUUUAUAUGGUGUAUCACCACUGAAGGUACAGAUUUAGUAUAACCAGGGCAUUUAAAAGGUUUGUGCCUGUGUAGAACUAUCCGUGCAAAUGAGAAACGUAGAAACUGCCAGUUGAAAGGAAAUAUUCUCACUGAAUCUCAUAAUGAGAAUGUCUGCUGUUUUUUUCCUACAUUUGUUUCUAGGAAGUACGUUGCCUAAAGGAGAUUUUGUUGGUUCUAUAAAUUGUCUCAUUGUAGCAAGAUAAUUUUAUCUGUAGUUAAAAGGCUAGCAGGAUCUGAGAAAACCAAAGGACAGAACAAACUGUCCCUUUAGCUAACCAAAGUGGCUCUAUUGGUAAAAAAAAAACCCUGCAGACUAAAUUCCACUUGCUAACAUUCCCAUUAUAUAUCUUAAUUUGAGCAAAAUUUAACUGUGUGUUUGUCACUUAAAAAGCUUUUUCUCUCGUUUUCUUCCAUAUAGCUCCGACUUAGAUUUUCUCCAGAUUAUUUCUUGCUUUUAACAACAACAUGGGAGAAAUAUGUUUUUUAACAAUGACAGAUCUGUGCUGCUAAAUUGAAAGUAAAAAUGGGAAAUGAAGUGAAACGAGAGCAGCUUUUAGACAAAGAUAAAGUCCUUACUUAAGGUGAAGGGUUCGAGAAUUUGGUUCGCAAAGAUUGCUUUUCGUAUUCUGUAAUUUUUUUCAAUUUUAAUUAUUUAAAGGUGCAGUGUGUAGGAUUUAGUGGCAUCUAGUGGUGAGGUUGCAGAUUGCAACCAAACUGAAUACAUCUCCCUUCCCUGCCAAGUGUGUAAUAGACUGUAGAUGUCUGUAGAGCUGGUGUUUGGUAUUUUAACGUUAAACAAAACAUUAUUCUUAUUAUAAGGUGAUUAUACACAGAUGAAAACAUACUUAUGUACCAUACCAUUUCUGCCAAGUCUGUUCUGCUAGAUGGCAAUAAAUUCUGCAGACUGCACCUUUCUGCCUGAAUUAAAAAUUGCCAUCAUUGUCAGUAGACAUGAUAAGCAUGUAGUCAAAUUGAGAAUCUCAAGCUUAAAAUGAAAAAGGAAAUAUUGAUUAAAAGGAAGUAACAGACCACUAUUAACAUACAGAUCAUGUAACAACCUUUUUUAAUUACAAUUUGUGCAUAUUUGCUUUAUUACUGCAAAAUUGAAGCCUAUUUGAAUAGUACAUACUAUAGUCACUCACUAGGCGUUACCUUAAAGACCAUCCCUCCCUCCUUUUUGUCAUCAUUGCCAUGCACUGUAGCCUAAUUACAGCAACAGUAUCCCUUUAUUCUGUAUGUACACUGUUAAAUAAUUCUGUACUGUUCUAACACCGUAUGAUGACAGAGAGGACAGAUUAUAGAUGGUGAAGAAAGGGUUUAAUGAAGAAUCAAGUAUAAAAUGUGUUGAUUUUAUAAAUAAACCAAA